AUUGUCAACAAAUUAUUGUGAAAAUGGCGACUACCGGAGUAGGAUUUCGAUGGUUAGAUUUAUUAGAAAAGGAAUUCGACAAAGCAUGUGUCGAGUUAGACACCUCUUUAACAGAGUUGGAGACAGAAGAGCCAGAGGUGGUGUUUGUGUCGCGUCAAAAGAUUGCCACACUCAGCUCAUGUUUUGCACAACUCACACACAAGGCGCUUACAAUAUUUCAAAACAGUGCCAAAAUAGAGGCUGAACUCGUCGACAUGAGGGCCGAAUUGGUGCAAGCCAGAGCCGCUUCAGCAGGUGGAUGCCAGGAAAGCGGCGACGCCGCAGGUAACGUGACGGACGCGGCGCGAGCCCGGUCCGAGGCUGCACAACUAGCACGGGAGAAUGCGGCGCUAAGGGAAACUGUACUGGCGUUACAUUCCGAACUGUUCGGAGCUAGACUAGCCACGAAGUACUUGGACAAGGAGCUAGCUGGCAGGAUACAACAGUUGCAGCUACUCGGCAGAGAUAUGCGCGCUGAACUACGAGACUCGCUCUGGGCUCAGGUGGAGGCUGAGAUCUUGGUGCAGCGUCACAAGACGUUGGUGCGCGUGUGUCGGGGCGCGGGCGCGGCGCGCGCCUGCGGGCGGCCGGCGGCGGCGGGCGGCGCGGGGAGCGCGGGGGGCGCGCCACCCACACACGCCGCGCGCCCGCUCGCGCGGACCGUGCGCGUGCGACGCUCCCCGCAUCUUGGCCUCGGCAUCUCUGUCACCGGCGGUCGAGAACAUGGCGUGCCGAUCCUAAUCUCAGAGUUAGAGGCUGGCGGACCCGCCGCACUGACGGGAGAGCUGUAUGUAGGGGACGCCAUACUCGCCAUCAACGACGUGGACCUCACACAGGCUUGUCACAAAGAAGCGGUGCAAGCGCUGCAGAGUGUGAAAGGAGACUGUGCGCUCUGCGUGCAGUUUAUCGCCACCGACGACGAUGAUAGACUGUCCGAAGAUAAUUAUAGGUUCCCCCUGUACCCGGAGGACGGCGAAGUAUUCGGAGGGGAGCAGGACGGCUCGGGAGCCACGCCCACCGCGCCCCGCACUCCCGACUACAACAGACGCACGUCAGACGCGGGGUCGGGCAGCGAGUGCGAGUCGGAGCCCUACCGCGUGGCGCCGCCGCCCCCGGCCAACUACCCGGACUACAACAACAUCAACAACAACCUCAACAUACUCGACAUGGACGACGACUCCAUCAAGAUAGAGGCCAGGCUUGAGUGGUCGGGAGCUGGGGGUGGCGGGGGCGCGGUGGGGGCGCGGGUGGGGCGCGGGGGGCGCGCUCCUCGAGACCUGUCCUCCGCGGAAUCCGCCGCGUCCACGCCCGUGCACGCCCGCCCCAACGCGCUCAAGAAGAAACGCAAGCCGCAGGAUUGGCGUACUAAGGGUGCGUAUAGACCCGUGGAGCUAGAGGCGCCCUCCUCCGACGAACCGCUAACGGAAGCACCCUGCGAUAACCUGCCAGUAUCCGAUGGAGUACCCGAGUCUCCCAUAGCACCAGCUCCGCCGCCGCAGAUAGUGCAGCCGCUCAUCGACAUAGAACCCAAAGACACUAAGCCGAGCAAACCGAACGGUGACGUCAAACCCCUGAGAAGAGAAUCUAAAGGAUUUAGGAUAGGGUCCGCACGGAGGGUGACGGAAGGCGCGCCGCUAACGAACGGUGAGGUGGAGCGGGCCAAGUUCCCGCCGCGACUGCUGGCGGGCGACGGCGACCCCGACUUCGGCACCCCCGUCUGAGCACCACGCAGCCCGCCCGCACCGCGCACGCAGCCCGCACGCAGCCCCUCCCAGUCAGCUAGUUCACGGCAGGGCCCUCGAUCGACGUACUUAGUAUUAUUCGAUCUCAUUCUGCGUGCGAGUAAUGGCCUAUCGAAUUUAGAUAUAACAGUAUUCAUUCUUUGACGCCGAAGUGAUGGCUAAUUUUGAGUGCUUAUUUUAUGUUUCGCGUACAUUACGACAGAGGGAGUAGUUUACGCAUAGGAUGCGCUCGGCUUUUAUGUGUCGAUGAAGGUAGUGAUCAUGUGAUUAGUUCACUAACCUAUUGUCUGGAUCUCUUAUCGCGAACAUUACCAUUAAUUUUAACAUUGCUAUUAUUAUGAGUUGGAAAGAUCAACUUCUACCAUUUUAGGUUGCUAAUCGAAGUCAAAUUGCAAAUUAGUCCCUCAUUUAUUUAUCUAAUAUUUAUUAAUUAGCAAAUAUGUUAAAAAUUGUAAUUUGAUGUUAAAAUGCACAAAACUGUUAUUGCCAACAAAUUUUGAUGGAUGAUGUGAUUAACAGCUCGUUAAUGUGUGAUCCUAAUCCUCGCACACGUUGACAAACGCUAAACAAGAACUAAUCGGACAUUUACCACUGUCAUGUUGCCAACGAUAUAGUCUAUGUCUAACUAAACUGAAAUGAGGUUCAACAAGAUUUACGACCACAAGCGGAAUGCGUUAGCUGAUGCUAUGCAAAACAUUUAAUAGGUGCAUGUACCUCCUUUUAUAUAUAUACUACCCAAUAAAAAUCUACCUAAAACAUCCAUCUUCGGGGAAAUAACAGUCUCUAUGUACUAUUUGGAAGGAAAGUUUAUACAAUAAGUAUUUAGAUAAUUUUAAUAAUCUCAUGUAAGGCUCGCAAGCCUGAUUUAUUACAAUUUAUUUUCGUUGUUUUGUUUAUUUUUGUAUCAUUUUGUGUACAUAUAGUUUUAGAUUUAAUUUAUAUAUUAAUAUUUUGAUAUAUUUAAAAUAAAGGAAUAUGUAUAAAGAUUAGAGCAAAUUAAUUAAAUUCGAAUCAAUGCGACGACUGAAUAAUCAUCAGUAUCCGUUUGGUACAUUCCUAUUUAGCUUUUUAGUGUGUAUGUUAAUUGACAGGCGAGGAAUAUGAAAGAAUAAUACGUUAAAGUUAUCGCGUUUUAUUCAAGCAACAAGUAAUGUCUUUGUAUCUGCUGUUUUACGUGGAUAUAAAAUCGGCUACGACAUUUAAUACGUGGAACGGUCUAUGGUGAGUAUAAUUAUAAUACAUAUCAGCACGGCUCGCUGAGCGUAAAGACUAACUGACAACUGUCUAGUGAUCUGGACUCAUGCCAAUAAUAUUUCCGCACAAUAAACACGCGACUGUGUGUGUGCCCACACACAGAUAGAUAAACAAUUAAAAUUAGAAUAUUUUAAAACAAAUAUGUGCUUAACAGUAAUUAUUUACUGGUGUGGCCAUUGAACUUUUGUCAAUUUUUAAAGAUUAAUGAUAGAUUACGCGACUAAUUAUUUCACUAUACUAAUUGGUUAAAUGAGUCGGUUAGUAUUUGUUGUGUAGAUUGUCACGCAUGCACACGUACGGCGCCGUGUCAACGUCUCGUAAUGUUUUUACAAUAGAAUUAUGUAAUGGCUCAUAGAUUGAAUAGUGUCUCGCUAGACCGCAGUCAAGUCAAUGACAUGCACGUGAUCUUAUAAUAUUGAUAGGUAGACAGUUAUAAUAUGGCAGAAUUUCACUCCCUGUUGUGUGAACUGCCGCGCAACUUGUUAUGGUAAUCUCUGUACAAAUAACAUACUUACGAUUUAAUAAAAAAUUCGUUCUUUAUACUGUUCCGAAGGAAAAUUGCUAGAAACCUUACUUUUAUGACAUUCAAGGAGCUAUAAGAUUGAUAUACUUUAUUUAUUGUUAUUUAUAAAUGGAAUCAGGUUU